UGGGAGGCUGAGGUAGUAGUGUCUCCUUCCUUAUAGGAUAUUCGGCUUGAAAGACAGCUUUCAGCCAUUUUAUCAGUAGUAAAGUUUCGCCCUCCGAUUCUCUUUUCAUUUUGAACAAUGGUUUUAUGAAGCACAAAGGCGAACAAAAACGCGAGGUUUGGAUAUAAGAGAACAGUGCCUAUUAUUGACGCGAGUUUCCUUUUUUGCAUUGAAUUCUAGCAUGUGCUACAUGUGACGAUACGGAUGCGAGGCAUGGGACAGGCACCAGACUCAGGUGAAUAACCGCUGAGAUCGAGUUCCCAUCCCCUGGACCCUCAGUGAGCGCACCGUUGUGGGAAAUGACAGAUGGACGCAUGGGGAAGAUCGGAUCCUCCCCCCACCCUGCAGCCCAGGGACACCGUGGAGCAGGGUCUCAGUUUCAGCGCACUGAAGAAGCUGGCGGCGGAACCGGACCACACUGACGUCAGUCUGUCGGCGGUAGAGCGCGUCCGGGCCCUGAGCAAGAUGGGCUGCAGCAUUGAGAUCAAUGAGGACAUCACCCCGCGGCGCUACUUCCGCUCCGGCGUGGAGAUGGAGCGCAUGGCGGCCGUCUACCUGGAGGAGGGCAGCCUGGAGAACGCCUUCGUCCUCUACAACAAAUUCAUCACGCUGUUUGUAGAGAAACUCCCCAGCCAUCGGGACUACCAGCAGUGCAGCGUUCCGGAGAAGCAGGUCAUAAUGAAGAAAUUGCAAGAUGUCGCAUUUCCAAGAAAGGAUCAAUUGAAAAAGCUUCUUCAUGAGAAGUACAAUAAAGAACACAUGGAGUAUUUGAAGAACCAGAGCCAGGCUGCGGAAGGCUGCGGCCAGCAGCUGCAGAGGCUGUCGCUGCUGGAGGAGGAGCGGCAACGCGUGGCCCGGCUGCGCAGGAUGCAGAUUGAAUCAGAGCAGUUCCGCUACUUCGAGGACCAGCUGCGCAGGCAGGAGCUGGCCAACAGGAAGGAGGAGGCCGUCCCCAAAGUGCCCGAACAAACAGACGGGUCCUGUUUGACGCAGCCACCUAAAAACCACGUCCGCCUCGAUCCAAACCGCAACAAGCAGCCUGCCCCUGUAACAAAACCAGCGGCCACGCUGGGCGCUAUACAGAAUCAGCGUGUAGAGGGCUUGAGACGUGUGGUGAUUCCCAGGGACCUGACCUACAAGUUUCUGCUCCUGGCAGAUGCCAAUACAGCUCGGGGGAUUGAGACCUGUGGCGUUCUCUGUGGAAAGCUGACCCAUAACGAGUUUGUGCUGACCCACGUGAUCGUGCCCAAGCAAACUGCCGGCCCAGACUACUGCGACAUGGAGAAUGUGGAGGAGCUUUUCAGCUUCCAGGACCAGCAUGACCUUCUGACCCUGGGCUGGAUUCACACGCACCCGACGCAGACAGCGUUCCUCUCCAGCGUGGAUCUUCACACACACUGCUCCUAUCAGCUCAUGCUGCCCGAGGCCAUCGCCAUUGUGUGCUCUCCCAAGCACAACGACACUGGGGUCUUCAGGUUGACCAGCUCGGGUAUGGGAGAGGUGGCAGGCUGCCGAAUGAAGGGCUUUCACCCCCACUCCAAGGACCCUCCAUUGUUCAGUGUCUGUAGGCAUGUUGUCGUGAAGGACACGAAAACGAUGGUUCUGGAUCUCAGGUGACAGUCGACCGCGGGGGACCUCCAAAUCCACUGAGACACUUCUCACAGACCAGAGUUUUUAUUUAUAUCUUUGUUUAC